CAUGAACCAAAAACGAAAUAUUUACCGGAAACCGCCGACUGCACCUUUCUGCGCAUGACGGAUGUGUCACUUGUUUUUAUCUACUACGUGCUUGAAACUCCGCGCCUCGUCUACUUUCUACAACCUCUUUAGUGUAACACUGGCUGCCUAGUUCAAUAAGUGGCCAAGACAUGACAAAACAAGUCUUAGGCAACCACAAUGACAGGUAGCAUAGCUAUAAUAAGAAAUCAACAGAUUGGUAUAUCCAGAAUACAUUGAGAAAUCUCAUCCAAUCAACCUAAAGAACACAACUAGCAUCAGCUGAAAUGACCAAUCAGUGGGUAGAAGUACUGACGUCAUAAGCACGUGCUCUGGGUGAGACGUCAAUGGACAGAAUAUUGAAUAUAGCCAAGCGUCCAAGGCAGUUAUCUAUCACUAAUCACUAUCAGUGAAUUGGUCAAAAACACUAUUCAUAUUCAUAUAUCAUAUUAAAUUAUUUUAAGUUUUCCAUUUUACUGCCGUAUUCGUAUCGGAGCAAGAGAUUUUUAAUCCCCAGUUACUACGACACUCAGCAUUAACCAGUAUGGCCCAAGAUGGAUUUUUGCCGUACCCCAAGGGAUUUGCAACAGCUGCAAUACAUCAUGCCCAUGAUCCAGAAAACUGGAAUAGCAUGGCUGUGAUACCACCUAUUGUUACAAGCACUACUUUCAAACAGAACGGGCCAGCCGAAUAUGAGAAACAAAAAUGCGAUGAAGAAGUACCUAUGUCGGAUUAUCAAUGAUCUUUUGAGGAUAGGACUGGAACGUUAGAUGAAGUGUUGCUGGUGGGCAACUCAAAAUCGACUAGCGACAUUUGAGCAACUAGUCAAUUCCUAUCACUUUGGUGAGAACGCAUGUAUUUAAAUACAUGAGAACGGUCCCUUAUAGUAAUGUAUUAUCAUUUUUUUCUAUUCCUUAGAAAUAUGACUAUAGUAGAUCAGGAAAUCCAACAAGAGACGUUUUGCAAGCAGUUCUUGCAAAGUUAGACAAUGCGAAAUAUGCUCUGGCAUUCUCUAGUGGAUUAGGCGCCACUACAGCUCUGUUGGGUAUGCUGAGCAGUGGAGAUCAUAUUGUUAUCGGAGAUGAUAUUUAUGGAGGUACCAACAGAUUGCUCAACCAAGUCAUGGCCAGGUUUAAUAUUAAAAUGACUUUCACGGAUCUGACGAAUAUAUCGAAUUUAGAGAAGUCUAUUGAACCCAAUACAAAGUUAGUUUGGUUGGAAUCUCCUACAAAUCCUACUAUGAAGGUGGUAGAUAUAAAAGCUGCUGCAGCGAUAGCUAAAAAGCAUAAUAUCCUCCUUGUCGUUGACAACACCUUUUUAACCCCAUACCUACAAAGACCUUUGGAUUUAGGAGCUGAUUUAACAAUUUACUCCAUUUCAAAGUACAUGAACGGACAUGGUGAUGUUAUUAUGGGAUCCAUCGCUACGAACAAUGAAGAGAUUUAUCAGAAAUUGAAAUUUCUACAAAAUGCAAUGGGCAUAAUACCAGCUCCCUUUGACUGUUAUCAAGUGAAUAGGGGCUUAAAAACUCUAGCUUUGAGGAUGCAAAAACAUAACGAAAAUUGUCGAUUAGUUGGUGAAUUUUUGGAACGUCAUUCCAAAGUGGAAAAAGUAUUACACCCAGGACUGCCUUCCCAUCCCCAAUAUGAGCUGUUCAAGAAACAGGCAAGUGGUCACAGUGGCACCUUCUCAAUGUAUUUAAAGGGUGGCUUGGAAGAAUCCAGAACAUUUUUAAAGGCUGUGAAAGUAUUUACGUUAGCUGAAAGCUUAGGGGGAUACGAAAGUUUGAUUGAAUUACCGUUUCAAACUAUCAAAUUGCCGUGUUGAAUGAUGCUGGAGCGCAAGUUUCAUACACCUAUAUCGAUGAAAAUAGAACUGUAAGAGAGGUUAUGUAAAAAGCCAAAAAUCUAACGGGGGUUAUCGAAUCUACACUAGUACUGUCGAUGCCCUAACUAGCUGGGCGUUCGGCAUUCCAGUAUGUGACAGAUGUCAACAUCAUCUCUAGAUCCCUAAUGACGCAUGCUUCAGUCCCAUCAGAUUUGAGGAAACAACUCGGAAUUUCAGACAGUCUCAUUAGAUUAUCUGUUGGAUUAGAGGAUCCCGAAGAUCUCAUAGCUGAUCUAGAUCAAGCACUCAAGAAACUGGAAGAAUAACGAACCUUUUUGUUUUGUUUAAGAUUCAUAUUUUUACACUGUAUAAUGUUUUGGUGGCUUUUGCCUUGCAUAAUUUUAUUUACUGCUGUGACAAGAUGUAUAAUGUUUUGUAAAUUUGCCGAAAGAAAUAAAAUAUGUUACAACCAGUUUUUUUAAGAAUCGAUAGCGGAUGUCGUACCUCUUAAUGCAAAUUUUAAUGCCACCAACUGCAUUAGUGUUAUAAACCAAGGACGUCAAUAUUCGAGUUGAUUCUCAAUACAUAUAGGAUCAGGCUGUGAGUUUACAGUGGAAUUUAAAUUUUAUUUUUUAUCACGAUAGCAAAAAAAGUAUAUGUAUAUAUGUUGUCUGAAUAAAAUUUGUAAGGG